CUGGCUCUCUCUCUUUCUGUGUCUCUCUCUCUCUCUCUCGCUCUCUCUCUGUGUCUCUAUGUAUCUCUCUCUCUCUCUCUGUCUCUGUCUCUCUCUCUCUCUCUGUCUCUCUCUGUCCAUCUCUCUCUCUCUCUCUCUCUCUCUCUCUCUCUCUCUCUCUCUCUCUCUCUCUCUCUCUCUCUCUCUCUCUCUCUCUCUGUGUCUCUAUGUCUCUCUCCCUCUGCACUGUGUUAACGAUGCGUCCGGCGGUGUGUAGGUAAGGGCCCAGAGACUAUCUUUGCUGGCGUGGGUCUCAAUGAUAAUGAGUGGCACACGGUGCGGGUGGGCCGCGCGGCAAGAGCCUGAAGCUCACCGUGGACGACCUGCAGCCCGCCGAAGGUACGAUGGCGGGCGACCACACCCAGCUGGAGUUCCACAACGUGGAGACGGGCAUCGUGACGGAGAAGCGCUUCAUCCCCGCCGUGCCGUCCAACUUCAUCGGCCACCUGCAGGGCCUGACGCUCAACGGCAUGCCCUACAUCGACCUGUGCAAGAACGGCGACAUCGACUACUGCGAGCUCAACGCCGUCAUCGGCUACAAGAGCAUCGUGGCCGACCCCGUCACCUUCCGCUCGCGCUCCAGCUUCGUCACGCUGCCCACGCUGCAGGCGUACUACUCCAUGCACCUCUUCCUGCAGUUCAAGACCACCUCCCCCGACGGCCUCAUCCUGCUGAACCGCGGCGACGGCAACGACUUCAUCGUGGGGGAGCUGGUGAAGGGGUACCUGCACUAUAUCUCUGACCUGGGGAACGGGGCCCACCUCAUCAAGGGGAACUCCAACACGCCGCUGAACGAUAACCACUGGCACAACGUGCUGAUCUCCCGCGACACCAACAACCUUCACACCGUGAAGAUCGACACCAAGGUCACCACGCAGACCACCAUGGGGGCCAAGAACCUGGACCUCAAGGGCGACCUCUACAUCGGCGGGGUCACCAAGGAGAUGUACCGCGACCUGCCCAAACUGGUCCACUCCAGGGAGGGCUUCCAGGGUUGCCUAGCGACGGUGGACCUGAACGGCCGGCUGCCCGACCUGCUGGCCGACGCGCUGGCGACCACGGGCCAGGUGGACCGAGGCUGUGAAGGCCCUAGCACCACCUGUCAGGAGGACUCCUGCUCCAAUCAGGGAGUCUGCCUGCAGCAGUGGGAGGGCUUUAGCUGUGACUGCAGCAUGACCUCCUUCGCCGGGCCCCUCUGUAACGACGCUGGGACCACGUACAUCUUCGGGCGUGACGGGGGCGUGGUGGUGUACACGUGGCCCCCCAACGAGAGGCCCAGCACGCGGGCGGACCGGCUGGCCCUGGGCUUCAGCACCCAGCAGAAGCAGGCCGUCCUGCUCAGGGUGGACAGCGCCUCCGGCCUGGGGGACUACCUCCAGCUGCAGAUAGACAAAGGCAACAUCCGGGUGGUGUUCAACGUCGGAACGGAUGACAUCAACAUCGAGGAGAGCUCCAAGUUCGUGAACGACGGGAAAUACCACAUAGUUCGGUUUACCCGCAGCGGAGGCAAUGCCACGCUGCAGCUGGAUGAGCUGCCUGUCAUAGAGCGCUACCCGUCAGGCUACAAUGAUAACGAGCGCCUUGCCAUCGCCAGGCAGCGAAUCCCCUAUCGGCUCGGUCGAGUAGUUGAUGAUUGGCUACUCGACAAAGGUCGCCAGCUGACCAUCUUCAACAGCCAGACCACGGUGCGCGUGGGCGCGGCCGGCGCGGCCGACGCGGGGGAGGACACGCCGUCCGCGCCGUCGCCGGCCGGCGGGAUGUUCCAGGGCCAGCUGGCCGGCCUCUACUACAAUGGCCUGCGCAUCCUGAACAUGGCCGCCGAGGGCCACCCGCACAUCAAGGUCGAGGGCAGCGCGCGGCUGGUGGGCGACAUGCCCUCCUCCUCCAUCACGCCGCAGUCCAGCGCCGCCGCCGCCGGGGGAAACCGCUCCGACUCCGCCCCCUCCAUCAGCGACAUCACCACCACAACCGCCACCAACCGGAAGCAGGGCACCACCCAGCAGUCGACUGAUGACCUGCUGGUGGCCUCAGCAGAAUGUCCGAGUGAUGACGAGGAUAUCGACCCCUGUGACCCCAGCUCAGCACGCCCGCCCCUCCCGGAUGUGAAGGUGUUCCCGGAGCCGUCGGAGGUGGUGCGGGAGUCCAGCAGCACCACGGGGAUGGUGGUGGGCAUCGUGGCCGCCGCCGCCCUCUGCAUCCUCAUCCUGCUCUACGCCAUGUACAAGUACCGCAACCGCGACGAGGGCUCGUACCACGUGGACGAGAGCCGCAACUACAUCAGCAACUCGGCCACCCAGCCCAACGGCUCGGCCAAGGACAAGCCGCUGGGCAUCGCCAAGAUCUCCAAGAGCAAGAAGAACAAGGACAAGGAGUACUACGUCUGAGGGCCGCCCGCCGCCGCCACCCGCCACCUCCACCACCACCACCACCGCGAUACCACCACCACUAGGGGGCGGUGAGGGGACGGCGAGGGACGGCGGGGGGGGGGAGGGGAGGGAGGGGGGGGGGGAGGGGGGGUUUGUAUAUGCACACACAUACGCAUAAACCUUUAUAGAUAUAUAUAUAUAGAUAUAUAUACGGUAUAUGUACAUACGAACAGGUAUACUCCAGAAAAAGAGGGGGAAAAACGCGGUACUCCCGACGCACACACGCACGCACACACACACGCACAAACAGGCAGAUGAAACACAGACACAAACGGGGAGGCCCUGCUGUUUACCGCGCACACGCAACGCCAACCGUGACGACCGACUCGGCGUCCAGGACACAGUGUCAAAACGCACAAACACCGCACACACACACACACACACACACACACACACACACACACGACCACGCGCAUACACAACCCGGAGAAACAGAAUUCCCACGCAGGUGGCGACGCUCCUGCAAGCACAAACGUCGCGGACGGCCGCCCGCUGUGUCCUUGUACAGUAUUAACCAGAUCAACCAAUCAGAGAGGGCACCCGGCCGCUCACUGCUUCCUUUUUAUGAAGAAGAAGAAGUGGACGAAUCAGACGAGCGGCGAGCCGUCGACAAAAGCACCGGGCUCCGUUUCACACGGGGGGGGGGGACGCGACCCCAGACCCUCACAGGCACAAAGACUGCGUCGCUGCGUCUUUGCCGCCGGAAGGGGUGUGGCACGGCUUUGGGGAGGGGUGGGGUGGGGGGGGGGGGGAUGCUUUUGAAGCGCACAGAUGCUUUGUGUUGUUCCGUGUCCGAGAGCGCGCCGCACAAGAUCAGACAGAGCACCGAGCGUCACACUCAACGACUCUUUGAGUGGUCGCCUCCCUCUCCUUGGAGACGCACAGACACACAGAUACACACACACAGAC